AUGGUUGAGCGGCUAGUUGGUGUGGAAAAUGGCAGCACGGCGAGAUUUGGAGAUCCACUGCUCGAGUGGGCAGAUUCCAUCAUUCGUUUGAGUACGACCGGACAUCUGCACAUCCAGAGACAAAAGGUGGAGAGAGAAUCAGAGGCAGGUCCUGGAGGAGCUGCUGGCGACAAGGACCAGGAACAGAGCCCUUCCGUCAGUGGUCUUGCCCUGGAGAGUCACGGCGGACGGACGGCGACAAGGGCUGGCUCGGCGGGAAAAGUCUAG